UGGUUCAGAUAUUAUUAUAAACAAAAAGAAAAAUUAUCUCAAGAAGCUACUGAAAAAAUCAUAAUGGAUUUUCAAUCAAAAUUCGAAGAAAUUUAUAUUAGAUUUUAUUAUUACUAUUUAUAUAUUAAUACUUCUAUUGAAAGUAAUGAAGGCAACUUAACCAAUUCCAAUUAUCAAUUUGAUGAAGACUAUUAUCAAUAUGCAUCUAAAUGA